AUGGCUCAAACAAAAUUGCACUCUCGGUCCUCUGUCGACAGAUUCUCUCCCAUUAACUUGAAGCCUGUACAAGACGACGCCUGGUCAAAUAUAUUCAAACCACCUCCCAACGAGACCGUCGAUGAGAAACGAGAGCGCAUCGCCCGCCAGCAGGAGGCUCAGCGUAUCUCUCGGGAGAUAGAUGAAGGUAUCUUGGAGUCAAAGAAGUUGUUCGACAAGAAGAAGAAAGCUAUCAAGGUCUUGCUACUAGGACAAGCCGAGUCUGGGAAAUCAACAAUGUUACGAAAUUUCCAGCUCGCAUUUUGUCCGACCUACUUCCAUGGCGAAGCACUCAUAUGGAAGACCAUCAUACAACUCAACCUCAUUGGUUCUGUGAAAAAACUUCUCUCAAUUGUCGAGGAUGAGCUAGAAACAUCAGGUCCACGUUCUCGAUCUCCUACCGGAUCUACAUCAUCACUUUCAGAUCACCACCGACGUACACGAAUGCGCCUUCUUCCCCUUCUGUCCAUGGAAACGAAUCUCGUGCGGCAGCUGCUCCCUGAACACUACGACCCCUCAAGAACGCCCGAGAUCUGCGUGCGAGCUGGCAGCGGAUGGAAAACCGUUUUAGAGAAAGUUACAUUGGAACGACGGGGCCCUCCUACUGGUCAGCGUCGCCCAAUGACGAAUGAUGGGCGGAGCAAGGAUGAUCCGACUGUGGUGCUUGCUGCGUCCAAGGAUGAUAUCGUUUCCUUGUGGGAGGAUGAAAGCGUUCGGGAGGUACUCAAGCGACGCGGGGUUCGAUUAGAAGAUUCUCCUGGGUUUUUUCUGACUGACACGGCACGGAUCGCGACGGUGGAUUACGAGCCUACCGAGGCGGAUAUCGUCCGAGCCAGAUUACGGACAUUUGGUGUAGAGGAACAUCGCUUCCUACAAGAUAAUGGUUCAGAGUGGUACAUUUAUGAUGUUGGUGGCAGUAGAAGUAUGCGACCCCAGUGGGUACCCUACUUCGAUGACGUUCAAGCUAUUAUUUUCCUUGCGCCUCUGUCAUUCAACCAAGUCCUCGAAGAAGACCGACAGGUCAACCGACUAGAGGACUCAAUAUACCUCUGGAAAGAAGUUUGCUUGAAUCCCCUCCUCGCGCGUGCGAACAUCAUCCUAUUCCUCAACAAAAUGGACAUUCUACAGAAAACUCUCGCGGCGGGGAUCAAAGUAGCAACCUACGUACCAAGUUAUGGAGCUACACCUAAUGACGUGGAAAACGUGACGAAAUACUUUAAGGAAAAGUUCCGAGCUUAUCAUAAACGAUUGUCCCCGAGACCACGGACGUUCUUCUGUCAUGAGACAUCUGCCAUUGAUACGAAGGCAACGCAGGCUGUAUUGGCCGGCGUCCGUGAUGGCAUUCUGCGCCACCAUCUUGAGGAGCUUAAUGUCAUCUGA